CUCAGCACUCCCAGCGGCUAAUAGUACAUAUUGUGGCUGCCCCCUCCUCGCUUUCCCCCAGACUUUCGCUUUUCUCGCCGUUGGCUGGCUUUGAAACCACCUUCCAGAAACCAAGACGACAUCCUCAGGCAUCAGGAAGGGAAAGCUAGUCCGGUCAUCGCCAAUAUGUCUGCUACCGAAAAUGCCAUGGCGAGGUUCUUGUUCGCCAUCCUCCAGCAAAAGUCUCUGAAGGAUAUCGACUGGAACGAGGUAGCCGCCAGCCCGUUUCUCUGCCAGAAGAUAUCGAACGGCCAUGCCGCCCGCAUGCGUUACGCGCGAUUCCGAGCCUCCAUGCUAGGCACUCAACCCCGACCGAGAAAUCAUACGAAUACCGACGAGAAUCGAGUUACAAAGGCCAAGAAGAAGGUGGGAGAAAAGCCAAAGAAAAAAGCAAUCAAAGUUGAGAUGGAGAAGGAGGAUGAAGUGUCCAAGAGCAAAGCCGCAUCCGCGACGAUGCCAUCCCCGCCUCUCAAGGACGAGAAAGAUUUCGUACCUCCCGAACCGUCAACCCUCGACCGUGUGUAUUCCACGCCGACCUCCAUGGCCAAUCCCACGUCCGACAUACAAUCCCGAAUGCAAAUGCGGUUCCUCACUCCCUGCAGCGACUCGGAUGCUCAUACGGCGUCACCUCACAUCUGUACCCGGGCAGCGGUCACGGCAUGCCCCACCGAGAUGCUGCUCGGCCAUCCAGACACCCCCUUCUCUUUCACCACUGGCUCGUCGACCACCACCACCACCACCAUCACCCCCACCGGACCCUGGCAGUCCACUUUACCUGCCUACGCUAGCUAUGGAAUGGGAUACGAAUUGGAUACCUAUGCCAUGGCUUUUGGUGUAAGCGACUCUCAGCAGAACGAACAGCAUGCUGCUGAGCAACUUCGGGUACACGCUACCAUGAUGGAACAUGAGGACCAGACCGGCAUGAUCAAGCAGGAAGACUGGGAUGCUCAGCGGUAUCAGGGUUGAUGUUGAGGGGGGCCAGUGCCGGUCACUACUGAACAAUUCCGGGAUGGAUACGGACAUAGAAUGACUUUUUCCUUCGUUGUUCCUGCUUCUGUUGUCUGUCUCUAUUUUUUUUCUUUCUUCUUUGGGUACAAGGGCUUUGGAUAUCUACAUUCUGAUAUCUACAAACGGCCUACUACUCUUCGAAUAGCUAUGGAUGAAUAUUUGGGUUUUGGGUUUCAUGACGGGCGGUCGGUUUCCCUUGGUCAUUUGCUUUGAGUGUUUACCCCUCUUGUCCUCUGCUUGAUGGAUAGCAGCUUUCUUAUCUUUGCUGGCAUCUGUCUGCCAUUGUACGAUUAGAGGUUUAACGAAGAUAAUGAAUGAUGGUUACUAUUGAGGUACGUCCUCGCAUGCC